GUACUAUUUUGGAUAUAUUAUCUGGCUCCAUGGGUUCCCAGGUCCAAGAAGAGCUGACAGUGCUUGUCACUGGAUUUCAGCCUUUCCGGUCAGAAUAUCCGAUCAACCCGUCGUGGGAAAUCGCCAGAAGCCUCCCAGAAUACCUCCCGCCGCUAAGAGUCAAGGACCCAAACUCCCGAUAUGCGGUCAACAUCCCGCCUGUGCGCAUCCUGGUGCACCCCGAGCCCAUCCGAGUUAACUAUAAGGUGGUGAGGGAGCUGGUGCCGACCUUGUGGGAGGAGACGUACUUGGGCCGCAAGAUUGACGUUGUCAUUCACAUUGGCAUGGCUGGGCCGCGGCUUAUGUAUCAGAUCGAGAGUCGAGGGCAUCGUACGGGAUACAAGUCUCUCGAUGUCGACGGGAGUCACCUUGAUGAGCUAGAUGGAAACCGGGAUGAAAAUUGGAUCUGGCACAACUUGCCGGAUGUGCUGAAGACGGACUUGAAUGUACAGAAUAUCUGGGAGAGAUGGCAGCAACACAGCUCGAAUGAUAUGGAUCUUCGGAUCUCUGAUGAUGCUGGCCGUUAUCUCUGCGACUUCAUCUACUACUCGAGCUUGGCAACCUGCUACAAGCAGGGCAAGGAGAGGAAAGUCAUCUUCUUUCACGUGCCGGCAGAUAGCUCUGAAGCCGUGAUCAAACAAGGGCAAGAAGUGGCCGUUAAUCUCAUCCGAUCUAUCGUGGAGAGCGAGGUGGCCAAGAAGCAGAAGGACAUACAUAGCCCUUUUGCCACCAUGUGUCGAAAGGCCACUUGCAACACCUGCCACAAGGUAACCUGGUGGGGUUGUGGUAGCCAUAUCCCAAGUGUCCUGGACUCAGUCCCCGAGAAUGACUGGUGUACUUGUGAGCCCAAGGUCGAGCGAGACGGGAAGCAGUAUCCUCCCAUGGCCAAAUCACCCAACUGACUAGUUGAAUGGAUCGCGGGGAUGGUGCUAUGGGUGAGAGGGAAGAGGCCGGCGUGGUCUGCAGAGGGGGUUGUUGAGGCGGAUCUACAUGGAGAUGGGGAAGGGAAAGAGUGAGGGCGUUGGUGGUGAUGGUGGCGAGAUUAUUCUAGGUUCUUUCGAGGGGGCGUUGUUGGUUGGUGUAAAUAGACAUGGUCGAGGCUCGACAGGAGUUAGUGAUAUAUGGUAGGAAAGAAGAUAUCCAAGCUGAAAUAGCCCAACACGCUACAUACAUAC